UUUGCUUUCCUUUCCUCUCUAGCUGGAGUCCUCUAGCAGUCAACAUCAUCGUGAACAAAAUGACCAUGAGAAACCGAUUGGUUUCAAGGGAACUGAAAACUAGUUUGCCGGCCUCUCAAUCUGUGAGAAUCAGGCGUGUCGUGCAGCCGUGAAAUUGAUCAAACCCUUAAAAGCUGUCAGCGCGGCGGAAAUUUCGAAAAAGAGAAACAGAAUGCGUUCCAUUUAUGAACUCCUUCAUUUGAAUCCGAGUCGGGCUGCUUUCCUUCACCUCGUCCUUCUCGGCAUUCCGCACCGUUUCGGAUUGCUCACCACGGGAUGGGGAAACCACUAUUUACCGAGCGAGCUGUUUCCCGAACCGUGCUCUGUCUUUGCUGAUGGAGCUUGCAACGAAUCGGAACUCUUUACGCUACGUGAUUCGGGUGUCCGCUUUAUCCUCUACUACGAACUGGCGUGGGUCGUAUGGUUUGUCAUGCGGAAGAAUGCGGCAAAUAUCGUUGCAUUUCACAAAAUACUGGUGGGAUCUUCCAUGGCAUCUUUGUUGAUCAUGUCCUGGAUCCAAAACUACUUUCAUCCUUCGCCAAAUUCGCCCGAGUUCAGUCCAAGCUUUUACACCAAUCUAGUAUUCUUUCAUCUAUUGGCCAUAUCCAUAAGUCUAUGGACAUUGGCAGUUCACCCAAAACCGUCUCCGGGAGCAAUGAAGUGGUCUAUACCUGCUAAUUCUAUAUUUUGCGGUGCGUCUUUCACCCUGCUCGGCGAUGUUGGAAUUCUGACCCGCACAAUUGCUUCCGCUACCAAAUGCAUCCAGGUCGUCAAUUUUUUCGCCGCUACUGCCGGCUGUCAAAUGUUGCUAGAAGAAGGAGGUGUCGAAAACGUGUACGCGAUGAAACGAUCCGCGACGAAAACUGUGAAGCUUUGUGUGUUUCUCGCUGCCUUUUACACAACGUUGCACGGAACGUUGUUGCUUCGCAUGCGGGUAUUUCUUACCAUGCCUCAACUUCGCGCUGUCUGCUUGUAUAAGUUGGUUGUGAAUUUGGUCUUGCCUUUCUUGUGGUUGCCCGAAAUGAGUUCGGUGCUGUCAAUCGAUCACCGCAUUCCGUUCGCGAUUCGCGGCGUCCUCACGCUGAGUUACCUAUUCGGGUACCUACUUGCGGGCCAAGCUGAAGGCGUCAGUCGUAUUCUUACGGCCGAAAAGGACGACUGA